GAUUUCAGACUGAGAGGGAAACGUACGUAAACCAACAUGGUAAAAACAAAAGGACAUCGCAUAUUUCUUCUCUCCGGCGUGGUGACUCUCAUCACCAUGUUAUUUUUCCACCAGACAUUCCUUUCGCGAAAUAAAAAUGACGUGGAAUUUCAAGAGUGCGGCCUCGAUUGUUUACGGCACGACACGAAGCCCUAUAUCCUGCAGACGCCCGGAUGCAGCAUCCCUGACUUCGACCCUCUGCAUCCCAGUGUUGCCAGGUUCAAGGUGAAGAAGCCCAAGAAGUACACUUGCUCCAGACGAAGACCGCUGACGGAAGUUCGAGGUCUGACCCUCCUCCUCCACCGGGACCGCGCCGAGGAGUACGGGGUGACCGAGGAAGGGCUUUCGUGUGUGUAUCAGGGCAUCGUCAGAGUGGAGCAAGAUCCCGGUAACUUCACCAUGGACUGUGAUAAAAAAUUUAGGCUGAAGAAGAAGAUCCUCAUUCGAGACGAGAUCACGGCCAUAGAUGACGACGGCGUGUUGGUGUCUUGUCACAGCAACGUAAAGAAACUGUAUGAAACAGUCCAUUACUUCCUGCAACCGCGAAGAUCCGAGGCAAAGAGAAAACGUUUUCAGGAGAAACAUGGCGACCGUCGACGAGACAUGCUAAGUGUCUUGAUCAUGGGCAUCGACUCUGUGUCUCGCGCCAACAUGCGACGAAACAUGCCCAAGACGUUCCACUUCCUGAAGGAUGAGCUUGGUGCUCUCGACUUCCAAGCCUUCAACAAAGUGGCCGACAACACCAACCCCAACAUGGCCGCUUCACUGAUGGGACUCACUGAGAAGGAGUUGACUGAGAUCUGUCAGCCGAAACGUACGAAAUUUGACGACUGCCCCCUCAUCUGGAAGAAUUUUUCUGACGCGGGAUAUAUUACAGUAUAUGGGGAAGACGACCCAUAUUCAGGAACCUUUCAUUACAAUAGGUAUGGGUUCGUUAAAGAGCCCACUGACUACUACAAUCGGCCUUACAUGUUAGUUUCUCACACAUACACAAAACACAACGCAGGGAAAUCCGGAAGCUUUGUACUUUGUUUGGGAGGAGAAAAGAGCAUAUCAGUUAUCCAUAAUUACUCGCUGGCUGUUGCAAAUACAUUCCGAGACACACCAUAUAUUUCCUAUUACUGGAAUACAGGCAUAACACACGACGAAGUCGAAUGGGCCUCAGCCACUGAUCUGCCGUCACUCGAGUAUCUGAGAAAACUAAACGAGAGUGGCGUGUUGGACCACACUAUACUGUUCUUCAUCAGUGACCAUGGAAUCAGGUUUGGAGACAUCAGACAGACCUAUGCUGGGCUGUUAGAGGAGAGACUGCCGUACUUCUUUGUGUUGUUUCCCCCAUGGUUUAAGGAGAAGUACCCUGAAGCCUGGAAGAACCUCAACACCAAUACGGAAAGACUCGUAUCAAACUUUGACUUCCAUGUAACACUAGGAGACAUCCUUGUCAGGGCAUAUGAAAAUAAUUUCACCAGUUUGCCACCGAUGCCACAUGGACAGAGUUUGUUCCAAGAGAUCCCCGACAACAGGAAUUGCGAAGAUGCUACCAUACCAGAACACUAUUGUACUUGCGAACGCUCCAAACAAGUAGAAGCCAAUCACCCGCGUCUUCGCAAGGCUGCAGAGUUUGUCGUAAACCAACUUAAUUAUGGAAUGGAAGCGUUUCCUGGAUGCAUCGAACUGCACGUGGGAGAGGUAAUCAGAGGUCGAAUGGGACUGAAUCGAAAAGGUGUUCGACCAGACGAGGCCAAGACGAAGACUAUAUCUGUCGUCUUCACUACCUUGCCGGGUAAUGCUAAAAUGGAGGCGACAGUGAGACAGUACGAGGGCAACUUCGAACUCACAGCCGACGUCUCCAGGAUCAACAAAUACGGCAACCAGAGUCACUGUAUCUCCGACCCCUUCUAUGCAAGAUACUGUUACUGCAGAGACUUGCUAACUUCUGAAUCCCCUACAUUAUCCACGUAGAUGAAUUCUUUUCGGAUGGCCUAAUAUUUGCCAUUAGUUAUAUACUAUUUAUUUGCGGAGCGGACUGUCCCUAGGGAUACCGUGAGUAUACUUGAAAGAAGAAAGAAAAGAAGAAGAAAGAGAAUUACGUGUACAUGUUCAGAGCUGGAUAAUUAUAUCUAUAAACUGUAUAGUAUGCAUUAUUAUGUACAAAUUAGUAUUAACUGUGUAUCUGGUGCGUUGUAGCAACUAUUGAACAAGUGCUUAUGUCUUCGAGUCAUGAGGGUACUGCUGUGACGAUGGAGCUGGGAAACUCAACGCAAACUGAAAUUCUUACCAGCGAGCCAAGGUAAAAAGCCUUAGAUUUGUUUGUAAUGUUUUAAAGCGUUGAAGUUUUAGUAAGACUACAUUGUAUUUUGGGCUUCUGAGUAAGUGGGACUCUUCUGCGCAGAGAAAACUAAGAGCAUGAUUAUAUAAUGAUAAAAAAAGACCAAAUUAAUGUGAAAAUCAGGGGUAUCUUUUACUUUUAUAAGUACUUUUUUAGGAGGACCCUUAUCUCACUAAUAUGAAAAGUAACAAUGAUUUAGGGGAAUUUUCCAUUAUUACAGUAUUAUACGUCUUUUGUAUAUAAAAAGAUGAAACGAUUACAGAGAAAGUGAAUUAUUAUGAUUAUGGGAUCCAUUUUCUGUUGCAUUUAUCGUGUCAAUUUUCAAUUACAUGGAAAGUAAGUGUGAUUAAUUAAAAGUUAACUGGAACGUGAUAAUUAUCAUCACGAUUACUUUAUGUACAAAGUGAUAAAAUGAAAGAAAGAAAGAAAGAAAAAAUCAUCAUCAUAUGUUAUAAAAGUUAUAUUUUUCAUACAUAUGUCAGAUAACUGUUGCAAUUUUGUACUUACAUUUUUAUCGAGUUAUAACUUUGAAAAAAAUGACAUGAAUUUAAUCAAAGGAAAGGUUUACACUCUUAUCUUAAUACUAAAGCAAAGAGUUCGCAUUUCACCGUUUAACGUGUAUAGAAACUGGCAUAAAAGCUGAAUUGUUUGGUAGAUGUGGAUAUGACUGAUAGAACCCAGUUUAUUGUUUGUUUAUGCAGUAACUUCAGCUUAAGAUACGAAAAAUAUAAAUGUUGGCUGUGACUGCGAGAUAGAUAGUAAUGCGGCCCUCGUCUAAGCUUUCAUUUAUAUAUGAAAAAUGAAGGAUGGUUGAAAGACUGUGAUUUUAUUUAUUUAUUGUAUAUUUUUUCUUAUUUUCUUUAAUAUUUCCUAUCACUGCUUUCAAAUGUAAAUUGAUUUUAAUUAUAGGUUUAGCGUAGUAUUGUAUUGUACUUAGAAUAUAUUCUGUAUUUUCUCCAAUAAAUAAA